UUAAUUUAUGCACGGAUCUAUUAUCAUUAUGGGCGUGGCUCAUUGCAGGGCGUAGCUCGUUUUAAAAUGUACCCAUUUCUUUGUAUGGUUUUGCUCCUGGUCAGCUCGACUGAAGCUGCAGUUGAUUGCAACAGUGCUUCAACAUGCACUGAGUGUAUUUCAUUACCUUAUUCUUGUUUCUGGUGCUAUACUCCUGGACUCGCUCGCUGUCUCUCUCCACAGGAUAAAGACAGUUGUUCUACUAGCCUCUCCUCCUACUCCAGUGCUAUUAAUGAGAUUAAUGAAUUACCCAUCAGUGAUCAAAAUCAAGUUUCUUUAAAGUCGGUUAGUCUCAAGUUACGUGUCAAUGAAUCGAUUGAUAUUAAAGUGUCGGUUAAAGCUUCCAAUGACUAUCCAUUAGAUCUCUACAUAUUGAUGGAUUUGUCUACUAGCUUUGGACCUGAUCUAGUUAACGUAAAAAACAUUGCUCCGCAGUUGCCUCUGAGUUUGCAGAACGUUUCGUCUGGUUUUAAAAUUGGGUUUGGUGCUUUUGUUGACAAGCCUAUUCUUCCUUUCACUUCAAACCAGCAAUUAAUGUAUGAUCCUCACCCAUCAUUUGCUAUCCCAUUUAGUUAUGAACACAUAGUCAGUUUAACCAAUUCAUCUGACUUAUUCAACUCCAAAUUACAAGAUAUCAAAGGAUCAACUAAUGUGGACAUUCCUGAAGGAACAUUAGAUGCAAUGUUACAAGCUGUAGUGUGUGAUGAUGUUAUAGAAUGGAGAGAAGACUCAAGGAAGAUUCUCUUAGUAAUGACAGAUGCUGUUUUACACACAGCCGGUGAUGGUAGCUUAGCUGGUAUUGUAAAACCUAAUGAUGGUUUGUGCCACACUGAAUAUGAUGAAAGUACUAAUAGAACAUUGUAUACAGCAUCUUUAUUACAAGAUUAUCCCUCACUGGAAUUAGUAAAAAUGGUUCUCACUGAUAAUGAUGUUGUACCAGUAUUUGCUGUUGCAGGAAAUAGCAAUAUUUUUGCUUUAUACAAUGAAUCAGUGAGCCCACUCCUCAAUGGUUUUGCUGUUAAAUUAGAAAAUGAUUCUUCUAAUCUUAUUCCAGUUCUAAUUGAAUCUUAUUAUAAAGUCGUGGCUAAUGCUCAGCUAAGUUUUAACCUUCCUGACCACAUUUCAGCCACUGUCAGAGCUAACUGUUCAGAUUACUUACCACAAAGAAGAGAAUGUGUUGAGAUUGGUAAUGAAACUGUUGAGUUUACAAUGUCAGUUAGUCUGAGAGAAUGCACACAAGAACUUAGAGAUAAUAAGAGUGCUGAUAUAAUAGUCACUAUACCAGGAUUCUCACAGUUUCUCAUUAAAGUCAGUGGCUACUGUAGCUGUGAGUGUGAGUCUCAGUCUACUAGGGGAAGCACCGAAUGUAGCAAGAAUGGGAACUUGACCUGUGGACUAUGUAACUGUGAUGAAGGAUGGGGAGGAUCAACUUGUUCCUGUUCUACUAGUCUUCAAUGUCCAGUGGGUCUUAAUGGGAAAACAUGUAAUGGUAGAGGAACAUGUGAAUGUGGAGAGUGUCAUUGCAACAAUGUCAACUCAGCAGAAUUGUCUGAUACUACUGGUGUAGAUAGUCCACUGAUAUAUGGGGCAGCUUGUGAGUGCAGUAAUUAUGAGUGUUUGACUGAUGGAAAUGGUGUUGUAUGCAGUGGUGAGGGUGAUUGUCAAUGUUACAAUGGUACGUAUGAGUGUCUGUGUGCAGUAUCAGCAUUAACUGGAGAGAGAAGGACUGGGGAAUGGUGUCAAUGUUCAACUGAUCAUUGCAUUGAUCCUGAUGCUAAUAACCAGACUUUACUCUGUAGUGGUAAUGGUACAUGCAGUCCUUGUGAACCUAAAGGUCAAGCAUGUACAUGUAAUGAUCUUUAUUCAGGUCCAUAUUGUGAGGAGAGUACAUUUGUAAGUGGUACACUGUUAGGAUCAUGUGAUAACAGUGUAAGGGACUGUGUUAUAUGUUAUGGUGAAGCUGCUAGAUCUGAAAGUGAAAAUAGUUCAAUAUCUUGUGAUUCAAGUUCUUGUGAUAAUUUCGCACUCCUCACUUCAUCUCCAUCAGAUGAAUACAUAAUACCAGGAUCACUGCCCAAUAGUAACACUGAUUGCUCAUUCAUUAGUGGUGAGUGUCAGUAUACUUAUAUAGCUGGUAGAAGACCUGAUGGGGAGGACUUGUAUGCUGUGCCUCCUCGCAUUUGCCUCCCUAUUCCUAUUUGGGCAAUCGUAACUAUCCUACUGGUCCUUAUCAUAUUGUUGGGUAUUGGUAUAUUGAUAGCAAUCAAAUGCUGCUGUAUGUAUUUGGACUAUAAAAAAUGCAAGAAAUCAGUAAAGAUAGUGCCUUUGAAGGAAAAUGAAACCCAAUGUACCAAAAAUCAUGCAAUUACUAUGACUUUGAUACAAAAUGUGGCCUUAUCAUGACAAUCAAAUCAUAUUCUACUUUCAUUAUUGUUGCUGCUUAUAUUAGAGUACCAUACCAAAAUUAUCAACCCAAUUUUACCUGCAUGUAUUUUCUCCUUCACCAUUACUUAUUUUGAUUGUUACUUUAUAAUAAUUAUUAUAAUUAUUUUAUUCCAUCAAUGGAGCAUCCCAUUCCCUCAUCCUCUACAAGAGAAGAGGAGGCAACGGAA